AUGAGUACGCACCCGGAAUCGUCCGAUAGGCUUGUAACGACAUCAUCAACUGACUUGGCGAAUCUAGGAGUUCAACUGAGCGAAGUACUAAACAGAUUCAAUGAGCUGAGUAUGGAAAUGAACGCACAACGGCACGUAGUAGAUCAAUUAGUUGCUGGAAGUGGCAGCGGUACUCAACAUGAGCCUUCACCUGUUAGUCAAACUGAACCACAAUCACUAUCCACAUCUCAUACUCAAACCCUUUUUCCUCCACAUCCACCUAAAGAAACUUUCACUUAUCCCACCCAUGACCCACCACCUACCUACGCACCUAACAUUCAAAUUAACCCUCCCUAUGCCCAAAUUCCCCAGAAUUAUCCUCCCAUUACUAUGAGCAUGCCAUUCGAACCUCAGGGACCACAUUAUUACUCCACCGCUGAGCCAUUCACCUUAGAUACCGCCGCCCAAGGGAAAGCUAAAGUUGGGGAGUCAUCCGCACCGGUGGAUAAAAAUUUGCUAAAGAGAUUGGAACGGUUUGAGGAGUUCAUAAGGAAAAGUCAAGGUUUGAACAAGCAGGGAGGUCUGGACUACAACGAGCUGUGCCUUUUUCCAGAUAUGCAAUUGCCAGUGGGUUUCAAAGCGCCCAAAUUUAGCAAGUACGAUGGAAUUGGCAAUCCUAAGACACACCUUCGGAUGUUUGCAAACAAACUAGGGAGGUCGAUAGGUGAUGAAAAUCUGCCUGUGCGCCUAUUUCCCGAGUGUCUAGAAGGCGAUGCAUUGGAUUGGUAUUCCAACUUGAAGCCUGAGGAUAUGAGAUCUUGGCUUGAUCUGUCAACCGCUUUUGUGAGGCAGUACGAAUAUAAUUGUGAACUCGCUCCGACAAGAACCACAUUGGAAGGGACUAAGAGAAAACCAUCCGAGGAUCAUAAGACAUAUGCCAAGCGAUGGCGAAGAUUGGCAGCCAAGGUGGAACCUCCGAUGAUAGAAGAUGAAAUUGUCCGUACAUUUAUUAAAGCUCAUGAUCCACCGUACUUUGAAGAGAUUUUCCGCAUGACUGGAUGCUCAUUUGCGGCCAUUGUUAACAAAUUGGAAGAAUUUGAUGAGUUUGUGAAGGCCGGAAAAAUUGUUAAUGUGUCAACAUUGAAGAUGCAACUAGAGGCUCUGCAAGACCAUAAUGACAAUAAGAAAAAGUCCCAAUUUAAGGAAAAAGAAGGGGAAACUGCUUUUGUUUGGGAUCAGGGUCCCUCGACCAGACCUAAACUUUCAAAUCGCCCCACUUAUUCAUUACCCUACCCAUAUUACCCAAACUCCCGUCCUAUCUACCAUACUACCAUUAACCAAAUUCGACCUCGACUAAACUAUCCAACUGUACCCGCAAUGCCCUUCCCAAUUGCUGAAACCAACCCCCAAAUGCGACCUCGUCUACCUUAUAAUCCCAGACCUGCUCCACCAUAUAAAUAG